GGCCAUGUCAGGCAUGACGAGCGGCGUGUGCGUGGAGAGCGACCUGUCGUCCGUGCUCCAGCGGAGCUCGGCCUCCUCGCAUCACCACCCCAAUCACCACGGUUACGGAGGCCAAGGCCAGGUGUCCACACUGGCGCCCAUGCUGGACUACAGCAGCGAGAUGGACCGCUACCGCUCGUCCAUCGCCAGCUUCUACAAGACCAACGUAGACGUGGGCAACUUCCCGCAGUCGGCCAAGCUGGCGGCGCGCUUGGCAGCCGCCGCUCCCAUCUUCCCCCCCACCGCCACCAGACUGGGCGCCAUGACCACGGCGCCCUGGGGCUGCCAUGACAACGUCAACCACCCGGCGGCCGUCUUCUGGGGCCGACCCAAAACGGCCGGAGCGCACCACCGCCACCACCCGUCAGCGCCCGCGGGUCACAUGACCCCAUCGCACUCCCACGGGAGUGGCAUGCCUCAGGGCGGGGGAGCGGAGGAGGGGGGAAGGACUGAAAAACACUCAGCCCCCUCGCUACCCGUCACCCAAACGGCACACCACCACCCCAUGGCGCCCAGCAACGCCAACUUCCUGCCCGGCUAUGGUGGGGGGAGCGACUGCGGAGCGGGCAAGCAGGGACACACCCACCCGGAUGUGAUGGGCCUAUCCGAGGGGGGCAGCUGCAACGGGGGCAGUGUUCUGGGAAGUGGCUUCCUGGGGGGACUGGGCUUACCCCCGGGCGUCAUUGUCAUGGCGAUGGGUUCAACGGCGGGCGGGAUGUCAGAUGCCGGCAGCGCUUUCCAGAUGACGGGUGGCCAGCGGGGGCCCGCGGACUGCCAGCAGCACUCUGGCUCCUCGCCCUGCCCCUCCUCAACCUCGCCCUCGUCGUCGGGCGUGGCAGCGGGCGGCGCGGUCCUGUCGCCGCCCUCGUCAUCGUCGUCGUCCUCGUCGUCUAAGAGGAAGCGGAAGCGCUGCGGCGUGUGCGGGCCGUGCCGGCGGCUCAUCAACUGCGGCGUGUGUUCGUCCUGCCGCAACAGGAAGACGGGCCACCAGAUCUGCAAGUUCAGGAAGUGCGAGGAGCUCAAGAAAAAGCCAGGGGGCGGCGGGGGAGGGGCGCUCGAGAGGCCACCAUCCGUCCCGACCGGCGAGGCCUUCCGGUGGUUCUUCUAGUCUGCGCCGGGGGCCCAAACAGGAAGCGACACUGGCACGUUGGCACUGGACUGAGGACAGUUGGGGCACAAGCUGCCCACUGUUGGCUGCUAGCAGUGGAGAAUCCGUGUGUCACUCCUUCUUUCUCAAAAAUAAGACGGUGACUAAUUGUUUAGAUUUUUUUUUUUUUUUAAUUUGUAACAAAUGUCACAGAUUUUUUAUAUUUUAUUUUCAGGGUGAGGAAAAUGCAAAAUCAAAUUCUAGUAUCGUCUAAAGGUUGCAGUGAUGGUAACUAAUGCGCUAACGUAGCUUUACUCGUGCUUGUCCCCAAACUUCAGCGUAAACUCAAUUAAAAAAUCUAAACAAAUUUAGUUCUAUUGGCCAAUUCUGGGCGGCUCGGUGGCGCACUUGGGUAGCACGUCCGCCUCACAGUUAGGAGGGUGCGGGUUCGAUUCCACCUCCGGCCCUCCCUGUGUGGAGUUUGCGUGUUCUCCCCGGGCCCGCGUGGGUUUUCUCCGGGCACUCCGGUUUCCUCCCACAUCCCAAAAACAUGCUUGGUAGGCCGAUUGAACACUCCAAAUUGUCCCUAGGUGUGAGUGCGAGUGUGAAUGGUUGUUUGUCUCUGUGUGCCCUGCGAUUGGCUGGCAACCGGUUCAGGGUGUCCCCCGCCUACUGCCUGAUGACGGCUGGGAUAGGCUCCAGCACGCCCGCGACCCCAGUGGGGACUAAGCGGUACAGAAAAUGGUUGGUUGGUUGGUUGGCCAAUUCUGUAUUUUUAAUCUGAACCUUAAAAUGAAUGAUAACAAUAAAUCAUGUAUUUUUCUCACCGUUUAGCUCUGGAUUGGGUGGUACAAUGAUUUAUCGAUCAAUUGACGGCUAAAUCGUUUGAUCACAAUCUGUUUUGAUCUUUUAGAGGCAGUUCAAUUAAAAAUUGUCCUAAUCCUCCAAAUGUCCAUUUUUCAUCAGUAAAUAAUCUCUGAUUUCUGUAGCCCCGAUUUCCAUAGCCGUCUGAUUAUCGUUUGGUUGCAGCCCUGAAUUAAAAUAUAUAAAAAAAAUCUUUUUAAAUUAGUCACCAAUUGAAAAUGGAAAGAAAGAAAGAAAGAAAGAAAGAAAGAAAGAAAGAAAGAAAGAAAGAAAGAAAGAAAGAAAGAAAGAAAGAAAGACACACGGACUUUGUCGCUCAGAAGAUGAGCUGUCAGUAAAUACGUUUCGUGAGCAACUCGGACGGACCAUGUCUUCUGUUUCUUCAACAUGCUGUCAACGGUCCGGCAAGACUUUAUGUGGACGUGCGUCGAAGGACUACAACUUUCCUCAGGAGGACUACAAGGACCACAAACGCAUUCACGGCGGACCAGACAAAACAAGGAACGAGGAAGUUGCCCGACGAGCGCGCGUGCACGGGUUGCAUCUUCCCGCGUGUGCUCAUCAUCCCCCAUACUGGUGAGGCAGAACGCUGGUCGUCCUUGACAACAGAGCGCCUUGUUG